AUGCAAACAGCCCUCUUGUGCCUGUGCCUGUGCCUGCUCAGCACAGCCCUCUCGACACCUGUGCCACCGCCUCUGCCUGGGAGAGCUGCCGGGAACUGUGUGGGACAGCACCGGAUACUGCUGAAAGGCUGCAAUACCAAGCAUGGCUUCUAUGUAUUCAAAUAUGUCUACUCAUUUUCAACGCGGAGGAAUCAGACACAGAUAAAGAAAGAAGAGGCUGACAGCCAGAGCACCGUCCCUGGCCGCCGGCUGGGUGAGGGCAAUGCCAGGUGGGGGCCGGCGGAGGACAGGCCAGCCCCAGAGCAAGGUGACAAUGACAGCACUGAUGCAAUGGAGAACAGGACCAGCCUCAAGCCAGAAAACCACAGCGCACCAGGCAUUGGCGGGGAUGCUCACAGUCCUCACCCAGGCACCAGCACACGGGCACGCGCUGGUGUCGGCACUGCAGGUCCCACCCCAGCCAGCUCAGAGGGCAGCGGUGACGUGGAUUUGGUGGUUGAAGUUGAUGGUGGUGUUUCGAUUCUCCCCCAGGGCAGACGCCCUGGUAAGGCCGUGGCAGGGAACAGGUCUGGUGUCAGCAGUGAGGACAGGGACGAUGAUGCCCCUCGCAGGGUUCUAACAGAGGAGGCCAUGACAGACGGGAGGGAGAGGGCGCCUGCCACCGGAGGAGCUGAGGAUGAGGGCAGUGGUGAGGCCACUGUCCCUGGCGAAGGGCAGGAGGGCAUCAUGCAGGGCAUAGGGACGGGAAGCACCACUCUCGCCUCUGUGGCCGAGAAGAUGGAGGAUGUCCAAGUGGAUGCUGAAGGUGUGGAUGAGUACGCUUAUAUCCCGGACUCGGGCAGCGUCACCGUCACCCAUGGGAAGGUGGGCAGCACAGCAAGGGCCACCAGCUUCACCCAGAUCUCUCCAGACAAGGAUGACGAGGUCAACAUCUUCAUUGGGAGGGCAAACAUCCACGUGGGGGAGCAAGAAACCACCCAGGCCAGUGUCACUGUUGGCAGUGGGGACGAUAGCAUCCGCACUGCGGGAACCAGCAGCCCAUUGCCCAGGCUGGGAGUCACUGUGGCACACAAUGGCGAUGACAGCAAGGCUGCUCACAAGCUGCCCCCCCCAGCCACUCCAAGCAAUGGGGACAGCAUCACCAGCAGCCCCAGGGAUAGACAUCCCACAGGAGAUGAUGAGGAUGGUGCCACUACCAUUGGUGAUGGAGAAGGACCGGUGGCUCCCAGCCCCUGGAGGGCCGCUGGUGGUGAUAUUACUGUCCCCACAGGGGCUGGCAUCCAUGGAAACAGUGAUGAUGAGGUGAGAGGGGGUGGCCCCCGUGGCCCCUACACCAGCCUCAGGAGUUCCGACAGCAGCCAGUCCUCUGAGGGGGAGCAGGGCAGCCACAGCGACAGCCGGCAGACGGGACUGCAGCCGUCAGG